AUGGAAGAUUUUGAUAAGUUUGAAGAAAAACUUAAAAAUCUGACGCUAUUUCAGACACCCACAGAAGAAGAAAUUAGAGACAUUAGCAAUAGAGCAAAGGAAAUAUUUCUGACAGAAGAAAAUGUUCUUUCAGUCAAAUGCCCAGUCACUAUCUGUGGAGAUAUUCAUGGCCAAUUCAUGGAUCUUAUACAGCUAUUUGAAAUCGGAGGAAACCCACCUGAUAUUAAUUAUUUAUUUUUAGGUGAUUUUGUGGAUCGCGGGUAUGACUCAGUGGAGACUUUUACUUAUUUAUUAUGCUUAAAAAUCAGAUACCCUAAGCGUGUAUUUUUAACUAGAGGGAACCAUGAAAGUGAGCAAAUAACCCUGACCUAUGGGUUUUAUGAUGAAUGCAUGAGAAAAUACGGGUCAGCAAAAGUAUGAAAUAUACUUACUGAUUUAUUUAAUUAUAUUCCAUUAGCUGCUUUAGUAGAUAAUCAAAUAUUUUGUGUCCAUGGAGGAUUAUCUCCAGACAUAAAGCAAAUUCAACAAAUAAGAGAGUUAGACAGAUUCAAAGAUAUCACACAAGAUCAAGUCAUGUCUGAUUUGUUAUGGUCAGAUCCAGAUGACAGACAAGGGUGAGGUGCUUCACCCAGAGGGCUUGGUCAAACCUUUGGACAGGAUAUUUCUUUACAGUUUAAUCACACAAAUAAUUUAUCACUCAUUUCUAGAGCCCAUCAAUUAGUGAUGGAAGGGUACAAUUGAUGCCAUGACCAUAAUGUUGUCACAGUUUUUUCUGCGCCAAAUUAUUGUUAUCGAUGUGGAAAUCAAGGGUCUAUUAUGGUCAUAGACGAAAAUCUAAAAUAUAUCUUUUUGCAGUAUAACCCUGCUCCUAGAAACUCAUCCCCAAUAGUCACAAGAAGAACUACAGACUAUUUUUUGUAA